AUGAAAUUUCGGAUUACUGCACAGCCGAAGGCGAAGAAAGCAGAGCGCGAGCCCAAGUCGCUGGCUCCUUCUCUGCUCGACGAUCCAGCCUUCUCAGCUGACCCUCAUUCUCACCCGGAUUUCGUCACAAGUCACGAACCUGAAUGGACCACUUCUCCUCCAGUAGGACACCCACCUCUCAAGAAAACAAGACGUCGCCGCAUCCUAGUAACUGAUGAAAACCUGACGGACACCGAGUUCCCUCUUAUCCAGCCUCCAAACACUCCCGCACCGCCCUCCAGCGCCCCCACAGAUCCUCCCAGCCUUCCUGUUCCCCCCGAUGUUCUCAGGCAGGUCCCAGCAUUGAACAACCACCACCCACCUGCUGCAUCGACUGCGCCUUCAUCAUUGCCUAAGCGAGCACCUACUUCUAUCCUCUCAAUAGACCCUGAUCCUGCACCCCAACCACCGAAGCACGAGAAGAAGGGCGGCCUGAUGACUUUCUUGACUCGCCGCAAGACGACACCCUCCCCGGCGGCACCCCCAGCGGCGACGCCCAGGUCGAAGAAAUUGCAAGCACAUCGCAGCCUGGUGCCCGACUUGCCCAAUGAUGUCACUCGACCCCCCGCCCCCCGCCAGAUAUCCGAACCGAUUAAACCGCCCACACAAGGACGGCCUCCUAUGGCUGUAUCGACUGCGGCUUCUGCAGCUGGUUCUUCGGCCUCGAAACGCCAUGCAGGUGGAGCGAACAGCCGCCUCCAAGACCUUGACAAGAUUGACGAGCUGGACGAGACCAAUCCCUGGGGGAUUUCAUUGCACCACAAGGGUCCAUAUGAAGCGGCAGUCCAAGCUAUCAAACAGAAUAGCAAAAGAGGACCUCUCGGGCUUGCGGAUAACCCCAACGACCAUCAUCUACGUGCGAUGCAUGCUAACGGACGGCCUUAUGUACCUCCUCAAGCUCCCAUCGGCGUCUCGUUGAAUCUGUCGCCAGGGCAAAUUCUUCCUCGGAAUUUCCAUCUGCAGCACAACCAACACCCGAGGCAACGAGAUAAGCCGGAGCCCCAGAUCAGGCCGUUGAUCGUCCAACAGGCAGCAUCUUCGCUCAAGAAUGCCUACCAACAACCGAAGUCUUAUGUUGCCAACUCCAGCAGCUUCGGUGACCAGCCUGCUGCCCCACCCACCUCCCCAGAUGCGCGUGGAAGUCUAUGA